AUGUCUGUGCCGUAUACUGUGAUUGCCAAAUACCCGUACACCCCGUCGGCCGAGAACGCCUCUGACGACCUCGCGUUCAGUGCCGGCCAGCUCAUAACCGUCACCGAGGAGGUCGACGCCGAUUGGCUCUUUGGCACCAGCAAGACAGGUGGCGAGCUCGUGUCGGGGUACUUCCCCAGGAAUUUCGUGGAGAAGCAGGCCGAGGACGAGCCGGAGGAGGUGGCGACGGCGGAAGGUGCGCCAGAUGCUCCUGGGGAGACGCAAUCCCCGGAGGAGCCUCAGCUGGAGUCGCCCGUCGCGCAGCCUCCAGUGCCGGACCCAGCGUCGCGGUUGGUGUCCGAUCCCGUGUCCCAGUCUGUUUCUCCAACCCAUGCCGAUCCGUUCUCAGCAGAGCCCCAGUCGACCAUCGAGUACGGCACGUCCGACUUCAAGCACAAGCUGCAGAGCUUCAACGUCGGCUCUGCUCCUCCGAUGCACGGCCAGGCCGUUGCCGAUACCAAUUUUGUGAAGAAGACGUUUAUUGCCGCCAGUCCGCACUCCACGUACGUUCCCCCCGUGGAGAGACGGGAGAGCAGGAGCGACGAGCGGCGUGUUUCGUCGGGCUCGUCUGCCGUGCCCCAUGCACCGCCGCCAGCGCAGCAGGCGGCCGACGAGCAUUCAAACGCAGAGAAGGACGUUCCGCGCAUGACACUGAAGGAGCGGCUGCGGCUACUGGAGGACAGACAGAGAGAGGAACAGGCUGCUGCCGAGGCGUUGAUGAAGCGGCGGGAAGAGAAGAAGAAGAAGAAGGAGAUGAGAGAGGAGCCUGCUGAGGAGAACGAGGAGAACGAGGAGACAGAGGAGGAGCAGCACGAAGAGGAGACAGAGCAGGACAGAGAGGCAGAAGAGGACGAGGACGAGGAAGAGGAGGAGGACGAGGAGGAAGCUAAACGGCGCCAGCUUCGCGAGAGAAUGGCCAAGCUCUCUGGCGGAAUGGGAAUGAUUGGAAUGAUGGGGUUCGGUGCCCCUAUGCCUGCCAAAGAGAAGAAAGUCAAGGAGUCCAAGAGGACCGACGACGCGGCUGCCACUCCUGUUCCGGGCCCGGUCCCUGUUGUGCCUACUAAGCCGGACCCGCAAGAGGCUGCCCCAGAAAGCGCGGGCGAAGAGUCACAGGAGUCCAGCGACCACGAGUCUGUCGACCUCACCAAACAGCCAGACGUCGGCGACGAGGAGGACUUGCCAGCCGAGCUCGAGGAACCGAAACCGCUUGCGUCCGCGGCCGUCCCAGCGCGGCAGUCGCCGCCGCCAAUUCCUACCUCGCCAGCCGUGCCCCAGCCGCCCACGGUCACGGCGCUGCCGGCCUCGUUCUACGCUGCAGACCGUGCACCGCCGCCACCACCGCCACCUCCGCCACAAGAUCAGGCGUCGGAGUCUGACGACGAGAACAAGUCCGUCUCGGCGGCGUCUCCAACGCUUUCCGUCUCGUCGCCUGUGGCUCCUGUUCCGCCGGUGCCGGUGCCUGUUCCAACGUCGCCGCCAGCCCCGGCCGUUGCACAGGCGCCUAGAGCUCCAACCUCGACUGCUCCCCCUGUUCCGCCAGUGCCAGCUGUGCCUCCUGUUCCACCACCGAUGUCGGACUCCAGUGAAGAGGUUGUGACCGGGUACGAGGCCGACGAUGACACGGACAUUGCACAGGCCGACAAGCCGGUUAACUCGCCAAUGAGACCGGCGCCCGUCGUUGCUCCUCCUCCGCCUGUCACCAAGGCUCCGACCGCGCCUCUGCCGCCCAAAACCUCCCCUGCUGUUCCUGCCGCGCGUCCGCCACCGCCAAUUCCUACGUCGCCACUCGCACAGACCGCUCCUCGCGCAUUCCCCUCGUCGUCCGUCCAGUCAAAAGAGCGCAGACUGUCUGGCAGCAAGACAGCCACGUCUCAUAUACCGCCACCGCCGCCGCCUGUCGCUGCCCCGGUGCAAACAGACAACACCGGGUCGACCAUGCAUUCCGGCUUCCGCUCGAGUAUGGAGAUCAGCGACUACGGCUCGUCGUCCAAGUGGUGGCUGACUAAGAGUCUUCCGGCAGAACUGUCUGCCAGAGACGUCUAUUACGAAGUGGACAGUCACGAACUAAAAAAGAGAAACGGCAAGACGGUCGUCUACCUGGACUACUACGUCGUCAACCAGGACUAUUCGACAAAAAUAUGGGAGCUGUCGUACGACGCUGCCAAUCCAGACAAGUUGGCGACCUUUGUCGAGACGGUGAGAGAGAAACCGGCAGCAAACUCCACGUACCUGCUUGAAGCGUCACGAAAGUACGGCGCUGUGGCGUUCCAGCUCUCGUCGUCGGUCGUCGGUACUUCCAAGGUCCAGGAAGAUCUGGUCUCGUGGGUGUUUAAACAGCUGCCCCACGACGUGAUGCCUCCCGUCGGAUCCAAAACGUUUGGUGCAACCAUCUACAGAAACACAAACAACGUCGAGAUCAACCAGCUCGACGAGAUCCGUCCCGGAGACGUGCUUGUUAUAUUGAAAGGACGGUUCGAGGGUCACUCCUCGGGACCGUUCCACAAGAGCAAGACCGCCGAGCUGGGCUUCAAUGGCAAGCCAUACGCGGCCUUCGUGGCCGGCUUCGACCCGUCGAAGGGCAAGAUCAAGGUGAUUGAGCAGUCCGCCAGGGGGGUGCAGUCGGCCUCGUACAAGUUGGGAGACUUCAAGUCUGGCAAGAUCAGAAUCUUCAGGAUCGUGGGCAGAAAUUAUUUUGGAUGGUAA